AUGGCAGCCGGCAGGAGCGAUCGACUAACAAUGUUUAGUGAGCAGUUGUUAUGCGAGCAACCCAAUCAAGAUGAGCCUGUUCGAAAGAGACAACGGAAAGGGAAAAGGGCUGAACACAAAGAAGAGGAGGAAUUGAUUGCAUUUGGAUAUGAAGCUCGAAUAUUUGAUGACAAGAACACAGCAACCAAAGUGGAACAAGGACAUUACUUGCUGCCAUGGCAAAGCGAUGAUGCAAAUAACAAAAUGAUGUUGGAUAGGUUUGACGUGCGACAUUUGCUGGAAUCCAUUCCUCCAAGGAUACCACAUCGUGAUUUCCCAAAGGAGCCAUAUCCUGAUAUUGAUGAAGAACGUUACGCUGAUCUUGACUCGGAUGAAGGAUCAUUAUUUGACAUGAGUGAAGAUGAAAGAGAUGCUCGUGUGGAUGAGAAACGGAGGAAGAAACAGCAACAAGAAGAAGCGAGCAAUGCUUUCAAAUAUGACUACGAAGGCAAUUCACAAAGUGAUAUCCAAAGAAAGCUUGCUGCUCAAUACAAGACUGCAGCUGAUAUGCCCUUGCCUGAUACCCAAGAACAAGCGGAUACUAUUGUUUCAACAGCAAAAGCAGCAGCAGCAUCUGUGAACCCAAAGCUUUUCGAAAUCAAAACGCAAGCACGUCAAGGAAACAACCCACUUUAUGCAUUCCUCAGCCAAAGGCAUCCACUUUAUCGAUUUUACAAGCAUAUCAUUUGGCUUUCAUCAUCCGGCCUUGGUGCUUAUGGCGACAGCAGUAGCAGCGAUGAUGAUGAUGAUGAUGACAACGAAAAGGAUGAUCAGCCAACACGACCACCCGAUGAUAUUGCCGGCGUGAUUCAAAAAACGGCACAAUCAGUAGCAAGAGCUGGGAAAGCACUAGAAGCACGUAUUCGUCAAGGACAUGGACAAAAUCCGAAGUUUGGGUUUAUUCAUCAGGGGCAUCAGUAUCAUGCAUAUUACAAAAAGCAGCUAGAGUCUUUCCAGAAGAGCACAUAA